GCGGAGCGCGAGUCGUACGCGUAUACCUUCCUUCUCCCCUCGUGGGCCACGGCCAUUGGCCGCGCGUGCACGUGUGUCUGUGCGCUCCGACGGCAGGUGCCAAAACCGAAACUUCGCCUUAUGCAAAUAAUAAACGAGUUGCUUUAGAGCGCGCGCUGCCGUCGGCCGAAGCGUACGUGAACUUUUUCUGGUGCGAGUCGCGCGUGCUUUGCCUCUAGUUAUAAACUUAACUCCACUACACGGUCCGCGCGCUCGCGCCGUCACUGCAGGUCACGUGAUGCCGCAGGUGACGGGGCCGAUACUGCUGCAGCUCGCGCUGCUCCUGUGCGCCCUGCCCGCCCAGUAUCUUAUAAUGGAGUGGACCAGCGGGACCGCCGCACAACGCAUACUGGCAACUCAGGGAAUCCUUGAAACAUGGAAAAGCAUGAGGAUGUCGUAUCUAAACAUGACGGUUUGGGUCGACUGGAUCACUUCCUGGAUGCCCAAAUUUCCACUGCUGGGAGUGGAGGAUGAUCUGGAGGAGAUGCAUGGAGAGAUGAUGGCGCUGGAGAUACUGAUGCACGGUAAUAAUUUCGGCUACUUUGCAGCUUCAGAGGUGCCACGCAGCCCCCGGCCAGGGUAUGUGCUACACCGUGUUGGAGAGGUCGUCAUGGAGACCCAGAAUCACAUGGUGGGGGUGAUAGUGGGCUGGGAUGAAGGACUACGUGCUCCUCCAGAGUGGUUAAAGAGGAAGAAGUACACCGAGUCGGAGGUGAAGAGAAUGGAGAACACCCCACACUACAAAAUUUUGUUCAGUGGACCUGAUCCUUCCUCUCUGAUGAUUGGAUACCUGCCCCAGAAUGUACUCCAACUCUUUGAAGGAUACAUGCCAGAAAUCCCCACCCUGGAGCAGUAUUUCUCCCACUUUAAUGGGAAAAAAUUUGUGAUGCUCGACUGGCUGAAAGCUCUCUACCCAGAAGACUGAUAGAGAAACAGAGACGGGACACACCGGCACGUCGGAUCGCUCUGAUAAGUCGAUGUAUUGCGAAGGUGUGGAAGUCGAUCUGCUGUGAAUAAGCACUUGUCACUUUGAGAAUAGCUCUCCUCGAUGUCGUGCCUCAGAGUCUCCUGAUGGAGUGCGGACGUGAUUUAGGCCGUGCUUCAGCGCUUAGGACUGCAAUGAAAUGUUUUUCAGGGAUAAUUACCAAUAAAUAAAUAAAUAAAAUAAAUUAGGGCUAACCAUGUGAAUGAAUCAGAUGAAGGACUGGCUCACAGAGUGAGAUGUUUUAUUGUUCUGUUAAUUAAUUGACUGUGUUCGUUAGACAUACACUGGGGUUUUUGUGAAUGUAAUUCAGGUCAUUACGGUUAAAAGAAUCCUCAGUAUUGUGCAAUGGAUUUUUUUUAACCAUGCUUUUACACAGUGUUCUGAAGAAAAUGUUAACUAGAAGUGAAACUGGAAUAAAUAACCACACACCUGA